AUGACUCCCUCAUCGGAAGGCUCGGCCGCGGGUUCUGCCCCCGCUGUGAACAACUACCCCUCUACUCUACCCGGGCCUGGCCACAACUGGCAGAUCUCCUUGGAAGGAAAGGUGAUUGCGAUUACCGGCGCAAACCAGGGUAUCGGCUUGGGUCUUGCAGAAGUUUGUCUGGCCAACUCUGCCUCGAAAGUCUUCUCGCUCGAUAUUAGCCAGCCCGGUGACGACUUCGCCGCCCUAUCGAAGAGAUAUCCCGGGAAGCUUGAAUACGUCAACACCGACGUUACCAGCGAAGAGUCCGUCAAGAAUGCGAUCGACCAAGUUGCUUCCCGGGGUGGCAGAUUCGACGGCAUGAUUGCCAAUGCCGGCGCAACAAAGCACCAGCCUGCCCUCGACUUCACCCUUGAGCAAUUCGAGAGGUUAUAUAAACUGAACGUCACCGGCAGCUGGCUGUGCGCCACGUACGCGGCACGCAAAUUCAUCGAGCUGAAAACCAAGGGAUCAAUUGUCUUCACUGCCUCCAUGACUUCCUACCGGCCCAACCGCGCAGCACCCUCCGCGCCCUAUGGUGGAACCAAGGCUGCUGUCAGGAAUAUGACCCACACCUUGGCUAUGGAAUGGUCGCAAUAUGGCAUCCGAGUCAACAGUAUCUCACCCGGUUUCGUCAAGACCGCCCUGACAUACUACGUGGAAACCAGUCCCGAUUGGGAUACGAAGAUGAAGUACUACGGUGGUAUGCCGCGACUGGCGCUGCCACAAGAAUUGGGUGGCGCAUACGUUUACUUGUUGUCCGACACUGCAACUUACACAACCGGCAUUGAUAUUCCCAUAGCCGGUGUUGUCGGUGCUUGGUAG